CUGUCAGCAGCCACUACGGCAUAAAUUAAAGAAAAUGAUAUUUUAGUGGCAGCUGUAAUCCUCUUUCCAGAUGUGCGAAGCAUUCAAAAUUGGAAUCAACUUCAAUGUUGAAUUAACUUUAUAUCCCUCCAUCUGUCUAUUUUCCACUCAUUUUCACUUUGUUCUUAGUAUUAAUUAUGUUUAAGACUACACUGUAAAAUGUUAAGAGUAUAGGAAAUGUUUGAAUAUAAUAAAGCUUAAUAAUGUGGGAAAGAUUAAUGAGUGUGGGACUGUGGGGAUUCAUACAGUUUUAAAAAAAAUUAUUUAAAAAAAUAGUUUAAAAGGAAAAAACAUGGACACCACUUUGCUGAUUUCACCUAUUGCAGGGGUAGUUUGGAAUCCAACCUUCACCAUAGACGAGGGAUCGCUGUACAUGGACUGAAAUAUGUUUUCACUGACAAAACGCUGCAGCUGUCAAUGAGCAGUUUCAAUGCAUUUGACAAUGGAAUUGCUUGACUUAUUACACCAUCCACAAAACGCUGAAAACAUUGGAGUGAGAUAAGAUCAAAUCGAUUUAUUUGACCCCAGUGGUGUACAGCAUAAGUGUGUCUGUUUGAUUUCACAGCACCAACAACAACAUCAGAUAUCAAGUAAGGAGGCAAUGAGGAGUCAGACGUCACAUGCAAACCUGAACAAAUUGUGUUCUAAUAUUCACACCAGCAUAUAAAGAACCGGGUGAUGGGCUGUAACAAACAGAUUGUUCACAGAGGGAGAGAUUCACUGACAGCUCAGCAACAUGAACGCCUCUUUAUCCACCUACCAACUCCUUUGCAUUGUGCCUGUCUUGGCUGCUCUGCUCUUUGCCUUUUGUAAACUUUUAUCCCGCCGGCACUGUCGUUCUGCCGUAGAUGGACACGGCUCCGCCGUCCUGAUAACCGGCUGUGACAGCGGCUUCGGAUACGAGCUGGCUCGAUGCUUGGACCACAAGGGGUUUGUGGUCUUUGCCGGCUGUUUGUUUCCACAGGGGAUAGGUGCCCAGAAUCUAGCCAGAGAGAGCUCCAGUAAUUUGAAAAUCCUCAAACUGGACGUCACCAAUGAUGCAGAUGUGCAGCAGGCAAAGGGGAUUGUUAAGGAGAACCUACCGGAAAAAGGCCUGUGGGCAGUGGUGAACAACGCCGGCAUCUCAGACUGGGCAGAGAUAGAGUGGAGCACAAUUGAAGACUUCCGCCACAUGGUGGACAUCAACCUCUUUGGCUGCAUCAGGAUGACAGUGGCCUUCCUGCCUUUGGUGCGUGCCGCAAAAGGGCGGAUGGUUUUCGUGUCGAGCAUCUUCUCUUUCUUCAACUGUCUAAACAUGGGAAGUUACAGCGUGUCAAAGCGAGGACUGGAGGCCUUUGCCGACUGCUUACGGGUGGAGAUGGCCAGCUUUGGUGUGAAGGUUAGCAUCAUUCAGCCAGGGAACUUUGGCCAAGCCACCAACAUUGUGAAGAUGAAAACCCUGUCCGAUGUUUGGGUAAAGUUCGACGAUGAGCGCAAGCAAAUCUUCAACCAAGCCUACAUUGAGCUGGCCAUCGAGUACUUUGUCUCAACAUGCAAGACGGGCUUCACCAACCCAGACAAGGUCAUCAGUGCCAUGCUGCAUGCCCUUACAGCCCCAAGCCCAAAACGUAGGUACAUGGUAGUCUCAGUCAUGGAUCGGGUGUUCUUUCAGCUCUACCCUUUUCUCCCUACUGCACUCACUGACUCUGUUUUUUCUCUCAGCCCUAUGUAUGCUAAGAGAAAAGAAAUGUUGUAUGUGAAAUAGGAAAAUACUUUUCAUUGUAUGAAUGUACAUGUGUAUAUGCUUUUAUGUUUUAUUAAAAAAAAAAAACAUAUACAGUGGUUCCUUGACAUAUGAGUUUAAUUCGUUCCGUGACCGAGUUUAUACUUCAAUUUGCUUAUAUGACAAAGCGAGUUUUUCAUUGAAAUUAAUGUAAGUGCCAUUAAUCUGUUCCACCCCCCAAAUUGCCACCCCAUUUUUUUAUUUUUGAUGUCUUUUAAUGCCAAAUGUGUAUUUAUAAAUAAAAAAUAUUCUAUAAAAACAACAAAAGAGAAUGUAAAGAAAGGAAUUGCUUUUAUAAAGUGUAUUAUUAGUGUAUUUAAAAUUAGGUGACUUUUGGAAACAAGCUACUGGCAGAGGUGGAGGGUGGUGAAGGGCAGAUGGAGGAUGUUUGUCGGGGAGGGGGUUUCUCAGUCACUUUCGUUCCCUUACACUUUACUUCUUUACACUUUAUCUGUGAACUUAAUUGCAACAGGGUUUGUUUAACUUUCACUUUUGCUCAACUUCAUUUGGAUUAUUUCACUUAGGUACACUCUUAAUGCUAUACAGUACACUUCAUCACUGAACUUAAUUUUCAGUUUUGCGUAAUUAUCUUGAGGUCUUUUCUCCUGCACAAUUUUGGCCUUUUUUGCAACGGAUUGUUCUGUGUCACCAGAUGGCCGUUUCAAAAAAUACCUGUGCAAGGAGGUUUUUUUGUGCCUCUUUUUGACUGUUUCAGAAAUGUGUAAAGCGCGUUUCAUUUCAUAGCACAACCAGUUUUUUUGGAUGUUUCUUCGCCACAAAGUCCGAAGGUUUCUCCUACCUUGGCCACUCUUCCUUUAUCUUGGUGGUCUUCGGCUUCGAUGAGCUCUACAAAAUUGUCACAUAUUCCUCAGCUGCCUUCACAUCAGAUCUGGCAGCCUCGCCAUGCCUGAAGAUGCUGCGUAACGCUUUUCCUAAAAUGUUCAAACCAGCAGCGGCUCGCUUCUCAUGGACGGAGCUCCGUAGCUUAGAAAUAAUUUUUACACCCCUAGACUGGUGUUAUUGACUUGAUUGAUUCUGCUUGAGAAUUGUACAUAUCGUUGACAUAGAAGGGUCAUACCUCUUUGCCAAGUCACUCACUCAUUCACCUUGUUCAUGUUUUUCUAUUACUUGCACUUUAAUUCCAUCGACAUCAGCCUCUUCUUCAUCUCACUUUAGCACUUGCUUUCUGGGGCCGCAUGGUCCACAAUGGAAAUUGACUUGAGUAAAUGCAAAAUAAGAACAAAACGCAAGCACAGCUGCACAGAGUUGCUCCCAAGCCGAAGUAGACAAGCGGAAAGACCGAGUGAAGUGCAAAAAGCUAAGCUGAAGAUGUGCGUCUCAGCAUCUUACCGAUCGCUGCGCCAUCUACCCGCGGCCCAUACAUCAAAUCCUGGCUCGCAAGAAAAAGCAAAAAUCAUCCGAGCCACGGCUCGUAUGCCGGAAAACUCGCAUGUAAAAUUAGUCGUAUGUCAAUUUAGCACUGCAUAUAGAUUUUUCUCUUUGGGUGACUGAUAAAGGGUUCUCUUUUACGAUGGGCCUGUAUCUUUUGUGUAUUACAAAUGCAUCACUAUAUUCAGUAUACCGAUUAUCAGAAUGUGUUUUUUUGAAGUCAAUUUGUCAUCCUGCCCUUUCACUAAUGUCAUCUGUUGGAGCAAAUAAAAUUGCUGGUGUGAGUUUAAUCCUUGUUGUGAUUCGCUUACAUUUUUUUUUAAUGUAGCCAAAACUAUGGAGGCUGGGAAGUGCAAAACAAAAAACAGCACAUAACACCUAGAUAUUUUCAGGGAAAUUCUGAAAUAUGACUGGCUUUUCCUGCUAAUGAACAUUUUACUUUCUUCACCAUUACCGUUCCACCACAUCCCAGGAAAAGAGGCCUUUUGUUAUGGUCAGUGUAAAUAUAAAACCUCCAUUUAUGGUAUCGUGUGAAAGUGUGAGAUUUGAAGAAAAAUCUUUUUUGUUUAUUGUAGUACAUUUCAGAUGUUUAUUCUCCUGACUAAAGGUCAAAAGUAAAAAAGGAUGAAGGAAGUAUUGUGGCAAAAUGGGAGGACUGAUUGACAGCGCUGCCACAGAAAUCGUGCAUGUUUCUGAAUCUGUCCUGGGACAAAACAUGGACAAGUUUAGGAGAGGGGCCAGAUAAGAUUUUGCUCCUUUUAGUCAGAACUUUGAAGUCAAUAAAUCAGUUUCCCAUGUCGCCUAAUAAGCUUGUGGAGAAUAUCUGGGGGUUCUUAGACUAGGUUGCAGUUCAGAAUCCAAAAGACAUCCGAUCUCACCUGCUGCAUGGGAAGGGAUUAUUAAAAACAUAAGUGGCUAAAAAAAUGGAUGGCUGGA